CUCACACACACAUCUUCCUCCUCUGCCCUGUUUGGUGGGUUCAGCUCACCAGCCUCCUCCCAGUACAAAAGCCCUAGCGCUGUGGACUGUGGUGGUGGUGGUGGCUAGAGGAACGAGUGGGAGUACUCCUACAGUUCAGCUCAGCUUUGAAUAUAACCUCGCGCACACAGCCCAACACAAGCGCGUAGCUCUCCAGUCCAUUGCAUUCCUCUGCUUUCACCAAGAAAGCUUGAGCUAGCUCAGGAUAGGACAAGGCGAAGACAGCAAGGCACCGCACCACCAUGAGAACCAUCACGGCGAGGAACCCGCAUGACUCGCUCUCCUUCUCCAGGCGGCACUUCAAGUGGCCGGUUCUCGGCAAGAGCAAGAGCCACGGCGCCGCGACGUUCGGGGACGACGAGUACAUGAAGAGCUCGGAGGCGGAGGACGAUGACGAGGCGACCAUGGCCUUCUCCUCCGCCUGCCCGUCCUUCCACUCCGAGGGCUUCGUCGUGUCCCCUCCGCUGAAGGCGGCGCGCGCGGCGCCGGCGCUGCACCAGCCGCAGCAGCCUCCACCGCCGCCGGCGCCGGCGUCGGUGGCGGGGCAGAGGAGGAGGAAGGUCCGAACGGCCGUGUCGCGCCUGCGGUCCGCGCUGGCCAACGCCGUGGCCGGGCGGCACAGGCAGGUAGGCCUGGGCGCGCGUCUCACCGGCACGCUCUACGGCCACCGGCGCGGCCACGUGCACCUGGCGUUCCAGGUGGACCCGCGCGCGUGCCCGGCGCUGCUGCUGGAGCUGGCGGCGCCCACGGCUGCGCUGGUGAGGGAGAUGGCCUCGGGCCUGGUGCGCAUCGCGCUGGAGUGCGAGCGCGCCAAGGGCUCGUCCGCCGCCGCGGCUUCGCUGCCGUCCCCGGGCGCCGCCGGCCGCGGCCCCGGUGGAGGAGGCAAGAAGCUGGUGGAGGAGACGGUGUGGCGCGCCUACUGCAACGGCAAGAGCUGCGGGUACGCGGUGCGGCGCGAGUGCGGCGCGGCGGACUGGCGCGUGCUCCGCGCGCUGGAGCCCGUGUCCAUGGGCGCCGGUGUCAUCCCCGCCGCCAGCUGCGGCGGCGGCGAGGGCGACGUCAUGUACAUGCGCGCCCGGUUCGAGCGCGUCGUGGGAUCCCGCGACUCGGAGGCAUUCUACAUGAUGAACCCGGACAACAGCAGCGGCGCUGGUCAUGGCGGCGGUGGGCAUGGCGGGCCCGAGCUCAGCGUCUACCUCCUCAGAGUCUGAUCGGCCGCGCAUGGCGCUGGCACACCUGUUGUGUGGAUCACGCCGCCUCCCUGUUCCUUCCUUUUUGUGCAUGCCAAGUUGUGAAAAUGGAUUAGGCACCUAGGUUGGUGGUAGCUUCAAGCGUAGUAGCUGAUGGAUAUGGGGAUGGACAUGAAAAUGUUUUUGUGGUUUCUUGUGGCGAUCAAAUGGUGAUGGAUGGUAGAAGCUGCAGUUUCUAGUUUGUAAUGGCUCUGAACUCUGAAGCUGAAUAGUUGUAGUAGUAGCUCCUUGUUCUGCAUAUGGUGUGUAAUGCUCAAUAAAAUAGCCCGUAUUCAUCGUAUUUACUUUUA